AACUUUUCCUCUGAGAAUAGCCAAUAAUUAGCUAAAACCAUGAGUCUUCACUUGUUCAUAUAUACAGACGGUGCUAGAUAUUGGCGAAAUACUUAACGGGUCUGGACCCUGUCGGGUCUGGAUCUGAACCCGACCGGAUCCGGGUCCGUAUAUGUCAAGCCUGGGUCUGGGUUCGGGUCUAGAAAAUUAAUGCCACCCGCGUCCGGGUCCAUAAAAACAUGGACCCGCUACUCUAAUCAACUUGCUAAAUCAUGAUGCUUAAGGACACCUUCUUCUCUUUCCUGACCGUGAAAAAUUCACUCUUUUCAAUUUCCAUUGUUUUUUUGGUAUCUAAAGAGACAUUUAAGUUGUUCUCUAUCGAGUGGCAUACGAACGAAAACUUGCCACUGUUAUUUACAUCCUUAAAAAAAGUGCUUUAGAGGCUCUCUAUACAAAAACUUGCGUUUUACAGGUCUUUUGUGUAGUAAAUAAUCUAAUACUAAAAUAGUUAUUUCACAAUCAAAACGUUUUCUAUGAGUGAACAAUGCAUUCUCCUAGUUGCUUUGCAAGUACAUUAAUUGAUAUCUACGUAUGAAAAAAUGAAAAACAUGAAAUAUUGCAAAAAAGUUUGUCGUCUUUCCCAAACUUUUUUAGAGAAAAAUUGAAAUUUUUCCUUUUUUCUUCCGGAUGCUUAGACCGAUUGAGCUGAAACUUUUUUCUGUGGCAAUGAGGAUCAAAUCGGAGUGUAUAUAAAUAUUUUUUUUCUUAAAAUAAUUUUCUGAGGGUUUUUCACAAGUCGUACAAAAUCGAUCCCAGAAAAAAAAACACCUUUUUUAACAGAACUUCCAGUAUUUUAGUUCUUAUGAGCGAAGGAAACAAUAUUUUUCAAAGAAGAAAACAGCAUAAACUUCGAUUUGAUCUUAGUUGUUACAAGAAAAGUUCACCAACUAAAAAUGAACUCUGGUUGUUGUGGCGAGGAAAACUUCAGAUCAUUUUUGGCAACUGCGUCCCGUAUAUCUCAUAGACGGAAGCAUCUUGCAAUUUUAAGUCUAUAACAACUUGUAUUCUUCUAGACAAGAUCUAUCUAUCCUGAAAUUUUUAUCAUUUUUGGUAGAUCUGUUCUUGAAAAAUCUGAGAAAGGAGAGGAUGCCUUUAACUUAAAUGAAUAAUACUACAUUACAACUUUUGAGCGAUUUGUUUUUUAAUAUUCUUGAAAUGAGAAAAGUUGCUUGACAAUUUUUUUUACCAAUUUGAAACUUUUUAAUUAAAUAUAAUCUUUAAUCAUGAUUUUAUUUUUCUUUAGAUUCAAAGCAAUUCUCGAUGAAAUCAUCAAAGAUCCAAAAAAAGUCCAAACACUAGAUCAUUUAAAAAAAUUUCUUGAUGCUGUCGUGGAUGAUAAAAUAGUUCUUGUUGCAUCACGUCAAUUAUUAACGGAUUUAUGUACAACAUAUUUAACUCGUUUGUCAUCUGAACAAGCAAAAGAAGUUGCAUUAUAUGCACUUGAAUGUAUUGCUGCUGGAGCUAUUUCAUUUGAAGAUCAAGUUGGACUUUAUAGAAAUUUUCUUGCUGAUAUUUAUGAACGUGAAGAAAAUUGGCGUGAAGCAGCGAAAGUUCUUUGUGGUGCACCAUUAGAAUCGGCUCAAAAACCUUUAUCAUCGUAUUAUUAA